UCUAAGCACAACUUUGCCUUCCUAGGUGUGGGGGCUGCCAGUUCGGGAAAACUGACUUUUAUGGUUGGAGGAGCAGAGGAGGAAUUCACUGCAGCCAAAGAGCUGCUCACCUGCAUGGGAGCUAAUGUGGUGUACUGCGGCCAGGUUGGAACUGGACAGGCUGCUAAAAUCUGUAACAACAUGCUUCUGGCCAUUGGAAUGAUUGGGACUUCAGAGACGAUGAACUUGGGAAUCAGACUUGGGCUUGAUCCUAAACUGUUGGCUAAGAUCCUGAACAUGAGUUCAGGGCGUUGCUGGUCCAGUGACACCUAUAACCCCGUGCCUGGAGUCAUGGAGGGGGUUCCGUCUGGGAAUAACUACCAGGGAGGCUUCGGCACCCAGCUGAUGGCUAAGGAUCUAGGCCUUGCACAGAACACAGCCACCAACACGAAGACGCCUGUUCCUCUCGGCUCCUUAGCCCAUCAGAUGUAUCGUAUGAUGUGCGCACGUGGUUAUGCCAAUAAAGAUUUUUCCUCUGUAUUCCAGUUCCUGCGUGAGGAGGAGGAGGAGGAGGGCCAGGGCCAGGGCCAGUAAUGUCAGCCUCCCCCCCGUCCCCCCCCCGUCCGUCCGGCCUGGCCCUGCACAGGACUAACAUAGCGUAGUGAGGGUGCAUUUCGCCCCGAGGACUUUCUCGUUCAAAGUUGUGAGAGAAAUGAAGCAAAGAGAGCUCCAACACAGCAGAUCAUGUGAUAACUUCUCUCCUCUUGAAAAUCAUGUUUCCUAUGUGAUCUAUUUUUUUUUCUAAUAUACUACACUCGUUUCAGUUUUAGAAGCAAGUCAACUGUCAUUUAUACAGAGGACCCAAAACAUAGCAGACUGUCGAGCAGCGGCAGCUCUGCAGAUCUUUCUCUUAAUGCACAGACUCCCCUGGGAACCUGAGUGUGACGAAUAAAAACUCAUAGCUCUGUCAACGUUAAACUUCUGCAUCCCGGUUUAGUCGUCUUGUAUUUAACAAUUGUUCGUGAUCAUUUCUUCAUGUUGAGGUUUUUGUUUUUUUGGGGUGUUUCUGCUCUUGACAUUGGAAAUUAUACUUUGGGGUAAGAGUGUUAUAUUAUAUCCUUUUAGAAAAUAAAGGCAAAUUGUGAUGUCUUAA